CAUUCUUCACGUCUCAUCCCAUCCUCAAUUCAAAUUGAUUGGCAAGCCCUACCCCAACCCGACAAGGUCGAUCACGCAAACCCCCCCGUUUCCGUUUUGCUCUCUCUUCAUAUUUCGUCUCUUUCUCUCUCUAGAUUUGUUUGUUUGCCUGGCAAUGGCGUUGAAGAGGACGUUGGCCCAGCGGCUGUUCAACAUCUCCAAGGUCUCCCGCCAGGCCUUGACUGGCGGGUGCCGGGCCGCCCCCGCCGCGCAGAGCGGGAUUGUGUCCCGGAGUCAGCCCGCCAUCGACGACGACCCUGGAGACAAUGGGGUGUUCCGGCGGUACCUGCACAAGAGGGCCGUGACCACGCCGGAGCUCCGGUCCGCUGUUCCCCUCGGGGACGGCCUGAGGGAGAGGAUCAAAGCCCUGGACGUCGCGAGGGGCAGGAUCCGGCUAGACGGGCUGACCCCACCGCCCGCGCCGGUGGGGGAGGAGCCGCCGGAGCUCACGGCGGAGGACGCGAGGAAGUUGCUGCGGGUGGCGCAGCUGGAGGCCGUCAGGGCGAGGCUGAGGGAGAUCCGGGAAAUCUGGAUUACGUACCCAGAAUUUGUCCGGGUCUGCGGGGAGGUGUGCUCGGAUCCGGGUCAGGGUAUCGGGUUGGCGAAACUGCUCGACGAGUCCGGGAACGUCGUCGUCUUUGAGAACAUGGUGCUUCUAAGGCCUGACAUGGUGACGAAAGCGAUUGCGGGUCUGAUCCCCCUCCCCGAGCGUGGCCGGAAUGACCCGAGGAGAAAGGAGCUCAAGGAGCUCGAAAAGGUGAAGUCCGAGAUAGAGCGCGAGGCGGAGUCCCAAGUCCGGAAGGAGCUCUGGGCCGGGCUGGGCUUCCUCGUGGUCCAGACGGCCGCUUUCAUGAGGCUCACCUUCUGGGAGCUCACUUGGGACGUGAUGGAGCCCAUCUGCUUCUACGUGACGUCGUUCUACUUCAUAGUCGGAUACGCGUUCUUCCUUAAGACGUCGAGGGAGCCCUCCUUCGAGGGUUUCUUCCACAGCCGGCUCUUGGCCAAGCAGAAGAGGCUGAUGAGGGCCCAGAACUUCAAUCUCAAGCGUUAUGAGGAGCUCCGGAGCGCAUUUCAUCCUCAGGCAAUGAAGAUACCAUCGGCGGCCUCAUCUCCUGAGGAUGGGAUCACGCUCGGGUUCGGCCUGUCGGGUGAUCCAGUUGAGACGAGAAACUGAAAAGAAGCACACAAUUUUGUUGUUUAAUUUAAUCACCCCCAUACCAUCUAAGAUUUUCUAUAUCAUCAUAAAUCAUGAUUCUAAUCAAAAGAUCAAAUUAGUUGCGGCUUUCUGUAAUAUGAUGGAGAGGCUAGACAAUUAGGUGUGGAAGAGUAUAUAUAUGAAUUUCAAAAAAAGAGAGAUUUAUUGCAUAU